CUCCACUGAGAGGGGUGUAAUAAUCGCCCGAGAAUAACUAAUAUUCUCACGUCUCCAGCUACAUAAUUUUCCUCUAACAAUUUCUCAAUUGUUUAUUUAACAGUGUAGAAAUAAGAGAUAUGGUAAUUAUUUAUUCAUUUAAAUAUAACAGAUGCGUCAGAAUAUUUUCUUACUUCCCCUUACCACAGCGGCAACAUCGUGCGGAGAUACAGACGUUACUGUAGAUAGCUGUUUGGGUUUGCCCGUGAAGCUUUGAAGCCAUCGCACACGUUCCGUCUAAUGGAAAGAUAACUGCAGCAUCCUUUGUUUUCCUCCGCUAGUUUUCAAGAUGGACCAGUGCUAUAAUCCUGACACCUAUGGUCCUCGCUGCUGGUGCAGGCCGUCCAUCUCGACACCUGCUGCGAAACCAUGGGCAGCAAAGGGGAGGAUGAAAAGGAUUGAGUUUGUUUUCAACCAUACCUAAAGCUGUUGCCCCCGCUGACAGCCUGCAGUCCUUGGAGGAGAAAGUGGACUCUGAGUUAGUCAAUGGACCACUGUCUACUAACACUUGAGCUGAUCAGAUCCACCGCCUCAGGUCGGUUGAACGAAGGAUGUGAGACAAGGCUGUUCCUCACCACAAGCCUUCAGCCUCCAGGGGUACACUGAUCCAGACCACUGCCUUUGCACACAAUCUGCCUCUCCCUUCUCACCUCCCUCUCUCUCUAUUUCUCUCUCGCUCUCUCGUGGUGUGGGGUGAAGGGACAGUAAGAGUUGGACUACAGUAGGGCUUGUUUGAUGCUCUGUGGGGAUGAGACCUGGCUGCUGACGGCCAGUGGAGACGGCCCCCAUUCUCCGCUUGCCUGGCUACAUGUGCGUGCCUGUAGGCUGCCCUACGCGCAGCAGCCAAGCCAUCCCCAGAGACAGUCACCGAGGUGGCCACCACAAGCCACCCAGACAUGCCCACCGAGACCCUGCCGCCCCUGGCAGAUAGCAAGCCCGCUGGACCCGGGGUGGCCUUAACCUCUGCUGUACCCCUGCGGAUACUCAAUAAGGGGCCUGAGUACUUCCGGCGCCAGGCAGAGCCCAACCCUAAGCGGCUGAGUGCCGUGGAGCGCCUGGAGGCGGACAAGUCCAAGUAUGUCAAGAGCCAGGAGGUCAUCAAUGCCAAGCAAGAGCCUGUCAAGCCCCAACUGCUGGCCAAGCCCCACGUGGGCCCCACUGUUGCCAAGAGAGGGGCAAAUGGAGGGGGCGGCGGUGCGGUCCUCAAGGCAUCCAACAACAAUUCAAAGUCAGAUACGUGCGCUGCCGCCAGCAAACGGGAGAACCUUAACCUGGAGAUCCUCAAGAACCUCCUGAACAGCUCUGGUUCGGCUUCAGAGGGUCAUGCCAAGAGUGCUACUCUGAAGCCUGGGGCCAGGAGCUGGGCCCCCCACCGGUCCAGCCCAACAACAACAAUGGACUGCACAGAGCCCACCAGCCUCUGUGCCUUCUCCUCAUCCCUCAAGGUGCCGUCCCUGGCAGCUGGUCGGCGGAGUACUGGAGGGGGCAACCUGAACCUCAGUCGUCGCCUACUGGAGGAGCGGGGCCAGGGUGACCGUUCUCCCCUGCAUGCCUCCCACAGCUCCUGUGACAUCCGCAGAUUGUACAAUGGCAAGCCACUGAGAGAGGCACGAAGCAGCAGUAGUUCGGCGCCGCCGUUGCCCCCUAAGCCCAGCUCCAAAGUCCUGGCCCCUCUCUGUGACAACACCGCACAUGAGAAGGAGCCCAACCCCACACCAGCCUCCACUGCCGAGCAGUUAGAGCUGGGGACCUCGGUGGCCCGCCGACCAUCCCUGCACCGUUCCAAGUCAGACUUGAGCGACCGGUAUGCACGGGCUGGUGCUGAUGUGGAGCGCUUCUUUAAUUAUUGUGGGCUAGACCCCGAGGAGCUUGAGAGCGUGGGUGUGGAGAGCUUUGCCCGCGCCAACUCUGACAUUAUCUCCCUCAACUUUCGCAGCGCCAGCAUGAUCAGCUCAGACUGCGAUCAGUCACGGCACAGCAAUGAGGACAUGACGGAUGAAGAGGACGAUGCAAGCGAACGCGUUCCAUACGGAAUUUCAGCCGUGGAACGCAAUGCACGAGUCAUCAAAUGGCUGUACAGCAUCAAGCAGGUGCGAGAGUCACAGAAAGUAUCUCACGUCUAACCAAGUGGAAUAAAACUAAAGGUGCUUGUGACAACAACAAAAAAACAGACAUCUGAUUAAAUUGUUUGGACACUUGUGUAUCGAAUAUCUCUGAAUGUCAAAGUUUUGACUGGAAAGAUGCCCAUGGGUAUGACUUGCAGGUGCGUUUGCAUUCAGUAUUUUGUUUGUUGUUUUUUUUUUGUCCUCUGAAUCUGCAUGACUCCUCCCACCCACACGCCGGUGCGGCCUCCUGCUAGAGCAGCAGGUUUAGGAAAUAAUAGCCUUUUUCAAGAUGGCUGCUAUUCAGUGCCAUCUCUUCAAGCAGUGCAGCUCUCUCGUUUUGCUUUCUGUCUGUUUAGACCAGCACUACAAUGCCAGCUAUUUUAGGUGUCUUCUUACUGUUCUUUCUUUACGAGCAACACUGAGCCUGGAAGCCAUAUGGGUGUGAAUGCAGCGCUUCAGUGUGUAACCAGUCUUUAGUCGAAUACUUCUAUCUCUGAUGCAUCUGAGCUUAGUGUCUGUAUGUGCGUAUAGUAAAAGGACUCCCCCUGAAAAAAAGGGCUGAGAAAGCAUGGUACAGUCCAAACCUGGCUCAACCCUUUGGUACCAGGAGAGUUCGUUUGGUAGAUUCCAUAUCCCAGCCCCCAUCCUGGAGAAACUCAGCUUAACCACUCUCUCUCUCAGCGUUACCAUGGGAAUAAUGUUCAGGCAGCAUUAUGAGACCAUUCAGCAUUAUGUGGUUUUUGCUCCUGUUCAGUUUGUUGUCCACAACAGUCUCACUGACAGUUGGACUUUGUGGUACUUGCUUUUCUUUCAAAUGUGUGUAAAUGAUGUAUAUAAUGAAAAAUAAAAAAUAAAUGAUUGUGGGACUGCAUCAAAACCUGUUCAAAUCUUUAUGACUGUUGUUAUAAUGACAUAAGUUUGGUAUAUUGAAGUUGGAGCUGUUACAGUACUUAAAAUGAAGGCAAUUUAUUGUGUUCACAUUCAGUUAUUUUGCAUUAUUUCAAUAAAUAAUUGUUUUGCCAUCUA